AGAAUAAGAGCGCCUUCCUGUGCGGCGUGAUGAAGACGUACCGACAGAGAGAGAAGCAGGGCAAUAAAGUGCAGGAAUCCACGAAAGGCCCAGACGAGGUCAAGAUAAAGGCUCUGCUGGAGAGGACGGGGUACACUCUGGACGUCACUACAGGACAGAGGAAGUACGGCGGCCCUCCUCCAGAGGAAGUGUUUACCGGCCCGCAGCCCGGCAUCGGCACCGAGGUGUUGUGUGGGGAAGUGUGUGUUUGUUGUGUGUAUCUGGGAUCUGAGGCUGAUGAUCGAUACCCGCACGACCACUACCAGGACCAUCUGUUCCAUCUAUACGAGAAGACAGACCCCAUAUCUGACCUAAUCAUAUAACCUAUCACCGGUCAGAACCGCGGCUACGCCUUCAUCACUUUCUGCAGCAAAGACGCCGCGCAGGAGGCGGUCAAACUGUGUGAUAACUACGAGAUCCGGUCGGGCAAAUAUCUGGGCGUCUGCAUCUCUGUGGCCAACAACCGUCUGUUCGUGGGGUCCAUCCCUAAAAACAAGACCCGCGAGAGUAUCCUGGAGGACUUCGGCAAAGUCACAGAGGGUCUGCAGGAGGUCAUCCUGUACACGCAGCCGGAUGAUAAGAGGAAGAACCGCGGCUUCUGUUUUCUGGAGUAUGAGGAUCAUAAGUCGGCGGCUCAGGCGCGGCGCAGGCUCAUGAGCGGGAAGGUGAAGGUGUGGGGGAACCCUGUGACGGUGGAGUGGGCCGACCCCGUGGCAGAGCCGGACCCGGAGGUCAUGGCCAAGGUGAAGGUGCUGUUUGUGCGUAAGCUGGCCACGCCGGUCACCGAGGAGCUGCUGGAGAGCACCUUCUCUCAGUUCGGCAAACUGGAGCGCGUCAAGAAGCUGAAGGACUACGCCUUCGUUCACUUCGAGGAGCGAGACGCCGCAGUCAAGGCGAUGCAGGAGAUGAACGGGAAGGAGCUGGGCGGAGAGGAGAUCGAGAUCGUGCUGGCCAAACCUCCAGAUAAGAAGAGGAAAGAACGACAAGCUGCGCGGCAGACCAGCAGAAGCACAGGGUAUGACGACUAUUAUUACUACCCUCCCCCCCGCAUGCCUCCUCCGGGGCGUGGCCGUAGCCGUGGGGGGCGGGGCGGAUACGCCUACCCGCCCGAUUACUACGGUUACGAGGACUACUACGAUGACUACUACGGUUAUGAUUACCAUGACUACCGAGGCGGAUACGACGACCCCUACUACGCUUACGACGACAGCUACUCCAUGAGGGGGCGGGGCAGUGGGCGGAGCCGUGGAGCUCCGCCUCCCCCCAGAGCCCGUGCGGCCCCGCCCCCCGCGGCAGGGGCGGGUAUACCCCGAGGGGCGGGCUCCCAUGGGUGGGGGCGGGGCCGUGGCGGGGGAAGGGGCGGUCCCUUCCAGGCUCCCCGGGGCCGCGGCAGCAGAGGUGCGCGGGGGAACCGCGGUGGUAACGUGGGCGGGAAGCGGAAGGCGGACGUGUUUAACCAGCCAGACUCCAAACGCCGGCAGACCAACCAGCAGAACUGGGGCUCGCAGCCCAUCGCCCAGCAGCCCCUGGGCUCCGACUACGCCUCCGGCUACGGCUACAGCAACGACUCGCUCGAGUUCUCCCAGGACUCCUACGGCCAGCAGUGGAAGUAGACCCGCCCUCCUCCUGAGAAACACCACCGGAUUGGCCAGCAGUGUUUGACUUUUCUAUCCUCCAAUAGCCCUGUAGAUUCAGUCCGUGGCCCCAGCGGGACGCUUGUCUUAAA